ACAAGAUGAUUAAAACUGAAUCAAAAUUGUAAAGACACAAAAUCCUAACGAGGAAGAAAAUAUUUUUGGCUAGAUACCAUUUCAAUGGAUAAUGAUAAUAAUAAGAGCGGAUGCAAUAGCAGCUAGGAACUUAGAUGCUACUCGUUCAUGGAGCUCAUAAUGCAUCUUGGUUUCAAUUCCUCUACAAUAUCAUCUAACAGUUUUCUCUCCAAUUACCAACCGGUGCAGAGAAUAUCAGCAAAGCGCAUUUCACAAUCUUCAAUAUGUAGAAUGCAAUAUUUUGUGAACAGAAACAAGAGCUCUGCCAUACCUGCAACAUUUUUUUCAAAACCAGAGGUAAAAAAUGAAGUUAGGGUUUUGUUGCAGCGCGCUCAAAACUCUGAAGAUCACAGUGUGCUCUCGCUAAGUGAAAAGCCGGACAGAAUAAUAAGGGCUGAGGAAGAUGAUAAUGAAGAUAAUGACCGUGACGAUUUCAGCUACGGUCCCGAUCAUCGAAGCGGUUAUGUGGCUGUCAUUGGCAAGCCAAAUGUUGGGAAGAGUACACUUAUGAAUCAAAUGAUUGGACAGAAGCUUUCAAUAGUUACAGAUAAACCUCAAACUACACGGCACCGUAUCCUCGGAUUGUGUUCUGCUCCUGAUUAUCAGAUGAUUUUAUAUGAUACACCUGGAGUGAUACAAAAGAAAGUGCACAAGUUAGAUUCAAUGAUGAUGAAGAAUGUGCAUACGGCAACCAUAGGUGCAGAAUGUGUUUUGAUAGUUGUUGAUGCUUGCAAGAUUCCAGAAAAGGUUUCCAUGGAGAUUGAUAGCCUGUUGGGAGGAGAUAUUUCACAGACAAAGGAAAGAAUGCCAACAUUGCUGGUAUUGAACAAGAAGGACCUUAUAAAACCUGGUGAAAUUGCAAAGAUAGUAGAGUGGUAUGGAAAAUUUGGUGGUGCAGAUCAUAUUCUGCCCGUAAGUGCCAAAUAUGGUAAUGGAGUAGAGGAUGUGAAGAAUUGGAUUGUUUCCAAGCUGCCACAUGGACCACCAUAUUAUCCUAAGGACAUCAUCAGCGAACAUCCAGAAAGGUUCUUUGUUUCUGAGAUAGUACGUGAAAAAAUUUUCAUGCAGUAUCGGCAAGAAAUUCCUUAUGCAUGCCAGGUAAAUGUAGUCAGGUAUAUUGCUCGGCCAACAUCCAAACAUUUUAUUGAGGUUGAAAUUCUUGUUGAAAAGGAGGCUCAAAAGAUCAUUUUGAUUGGGAAAGAAGGAAGAGCACUUAAAACCCUUGCUACAGCUUCACGCCUUGACAUUGAGGACUUUUUACAAAAGAAAGUGUACUUGGAGAUCAAUGUCAAAGUGAAAUCAAAUUGGCGCCAAGAUGAAGAUUUGUUGGAACGGUGUGGCUAUGGUGGAAAUAUUAGAGUAUGGUGAGGAGUUACCCAAAAAUCCUUUCAAGACAUGUACGGAGAAGAUUGGAAAAUCUAGUCCUAUCAGAUAUAGGAACAAUAGUUGUAAAAGAAGAGAGAUUUGGUUUUCUACUAACCAAAGGGUUUUGUUAUCAAUCCUAUUUUCUUGGUGUAAGGAGCAAGUUAAUAGGAACUUGUAUCAUAUUAACCACCAGUAUAAGUUUGUACAAAAAUUCUAGUAUUUUCAGGAUAUUAUCAUUUUGAAAUUUUGUCAACCGAGUUAGAAAUGUGAAUGUAAUGAGUUCAUAAAGUGUUUCAUGGUAGGUAAGCCUAAUACUUGUAAAGUAGUUAAUGCCGGCCCUUGACUAUUUAGUUUCUGGCAUUAUAUAGAAAAUAAAUUAAUGUGUUUCUAGAA